AUGUCGGAACAACAAUUGUUAGAAGAAGCCAGAAAGGCCGUAUCAAACAAACAAUACGAUGAAGCAGAAUCAAAAUUCAAACAGAUAAUCAAUUCAACAGCCCAAAGUUCAACUGUUCCAACUGCCAAACAAUUACAACAGCAAGAAAGUGCCAUAUUGGAAUUGGGUAAGGUUUAUGAAACUUUGAAUGAACCAACCAAAUUGGAUGAAUUAAUAACUGAUUCCAGAACAGUAUUGGGUAAUUUUGCCAAAUCUAAAACUGCCAAAAUUGUGAAAACUUUAAUUGAAGAUUUUGAUAAAUUGGAAGGUGCCUUGGAUGUACAAAUUGGUGCCACUAGAAAAAGCAUGCAAUGGGCCAUUGAUUCUAAAUUGUCAUUUUUGAGACAAUCCUUACAAUUGAAAUUGAGUGAAUUGUUAUACAAAAAGAAGAAUUACCAAGAAGCUAUUAAAAUCAUCAAUGAAUUGUUACGAGAAUACAAGAAAUUGGAUGACAAAUCAUCAUUAGUUGAAGUUCAAUUAUUGGAACUGAAAAUAUACCAUGCUCUAAGAAAUAUCCCUAAAUCUAGAGCUGCAUUGACUAGUGCAAGAACAUCGGCCAAUUCCAUAUAUUGCCCUACUAUUUUACAAGCAGAAUUGGAUUGUCAAAGUGGUAUAUUAAAUUCAGAAGAUAGAGAUUAUAAAACAGCUUUUUCAUAUUUUUAUGAAAGUUUUGAAGGUUUCAACAGUCAAGACGAUCCACGUUCCAUCACUAUAUUGAAAUACAUGUUGUUAACCAAGAUUAUGUUGAAUUUGAUUGAUGAUGUUAACAACAUUUUGAACAACAAGAAUGUCAUCAAGUACAAAUCUAAGGAUAUUGAUGCCAUGAAAGCUAUUGCUACCGCCUAUUCAAAUAGAUCAUUAAAGGAAUUUGAAAACUCAUUGUUGACAUACUCAGAAGAAUUGAAAUCUGAUUCAAUUAUCAAGAGCCAUUUCAAUGCAUUGUAUGAUAAUUUAUUGGAACAAAAUUUGUUAAAGAUUAUCGAGAGUUACAGUUGUGUUGAAUUAUCACAUAUCUCAAAAGUUAUUGGUUUAAGUUUACCACAAGUUGAAGGCAAAUUAUCACAAAUGAUUUUAGAUAAGGUAUUCUACGGGGUGUUAGAUCAAGGAAAUGGAUGGUUAAUAAUUUACGAUGAACCAAGAAAAGAUGCUGCUUAUGAAGCAUCAUUAGAAUUGGUGAAAAAUUUAUCAAGUGUUGUUGAUUUGUUAUACGAAAAGGCAUCUUCAUUAAAUUAG